AUUAGGGCGUGGUUAGGGAAAGGGGAUCGGGGAAUGACAGUUACCUUUAAAAGGGCUCCUUGAAGCGGACCGAGAUCCGCGCGCGCGGUCGUCUCUCUCCACCUUCGCUUCACCUUUCUCCACCAAACAUGACGAGUCUCUGGCUCCUGUUGGCUCUGCCGUUCGUAACUUCAGCCGUCCCUGUUUCUGAACACGAUGAGGUCCAGUUUAAGGUCUGGAUGGCGCAGUACAACAAGGAGUACAACAUAAUGGAAUACCAGGAGAGACUGCAGAUAUUCACUGAAAACAAGAGGAAGAUUGACAAACACAAUGCAGGAAAUCAUUCAUUCACAAUGGCACUGAAUCAGUUUUCAGACAUGACAUUUACAGAGUUCCGCAAAGCUUUCCUCUGGUCUGAGCCACAGAACUGCUCAGCCACCAAUGGAAACCACCUCAGCAGCAAAGGGCCAUACCCAGACUCAAUAGACUGGAGAAAGAAGGGGAACUACAUAACACCUGUUAAGAAUCAGGGAGGUUGUGGUAGCUGUUGGACGUUUUCCACCACUGGUUGUCUGGAAUCUGUCACUGCAAUCUUCACCGGAAAGCUCAUAUCAUUGUCGGAACAACAGCUGGUUGACUGCGCCCAAGAUUUCAACAACCAUGGAUGUAACGGGGGUCUUCCCAGUCAAGCGUUUGAAUACAUAAAGUACAACAAAGGACUGAUGACGGAACAGGACUACCCCUACACAGCUAUGGACGGUAAAUGUAUGUAUAAGCCUUCCCUGGCGACUGCGUUUGUGAAGGAAGUGGUGAACGUCACAGCGUAUGAUGAGAUGGGGAUGGUGGAUGCCGUCGCCACUCGGAAUCCUGUCAGCUUUGCCUUUGAAGUGACCUCAGACUUUAUGCAAUACCAUCAGGGCGUGUACACCAGCACUGAAUGCCACAGCACUGCAGACAAGGUAAACCAUGCUGUACUCGCUGUGGGCUAUGGACAAGAGAAUGGAACUCCAUACUGGAUUGUAAAGAACUCCUGGGGGGCUGAAUGGGGCAUAAAUGGAUACUUUCUCAUUGAACGUGGGAAGAACAUGUGUGGCCUUGCAGCCUGUGCCUCUUUUCCUGUGGUUUGACUUUUUUUCUAAAAUUGUAAAAUGCUUUUAAAGUUUUUAAAAGAUAAAAUAUUUUUUUUGUGUGUGUGCUAAUGCUUAUUUGUUUUUUGUAUGUUUUAUUCUGCACUAAAAUAUGAUUAUAUAUAACCAUAUUGUUAUUUUUAUAUCACAUAUGUGUAAUAACACAAAUGGAAAAGAUCAAGUCAAACGCAUGUGAUCAAAGUGAAAAAUGAGUUUGAAUGGAACUAAAGUUACGUUGAUUUUGCUGUCUAAUUAUAGUGUAAUUCAAAAAUUGUGUCACGUAAAAAAUACCUGAAAUGUUUUUGAGUUGAUCACCUCUUAAAAGUCAAACAUGUAAGAUGCAUUCUUUUCAAAAAUGAAAGGAUGUUAAAAACUGCACUAAUUGCACAGAAUUCUUUGAAAUUUAUUUUUAAUCAAUGUGAGACUGGCCUAAAGGAUUUUGUACUUACAAAUUGUUUAUAUGUAGCACUUUUGUAGAUUUUAUAUUAAAAUUUAAACGUGAUAUUUUUUCAAGAGAAAUGUGAUUAACGUAAAGGAAGAAACUUUUCCAAUGACAUCCCUGAGAUUUAAUCUUUAUGUUUUUUUAUCUCUAUUUGGGUAAAAAAAUGAAUGAAAAAACUUUUUAUCAUCUGAAUAAAAUCUUUGAAAAACAAAAUAUUCACUAAAGUAUCAUUCUGUCUUAGUUUUCUGUAUUUUGCUCCACAUUAUUUGUCUACUAGUAAUCCCUACACUGUAAUCAUAACUGCUGACAACAAACACACCUAAAUUGUAUUUAAGUAUUUUUAAUAAAAAAUGUAACAUUGCA